CCGGCAGUGAAUCCCCUGAAGAAGAGGCUUCGUGAAUAAUUUAGUGCGUUUCUGUUGAAUCAUUUGGACUGGAGUGAACAGUUUGUAAGAUUUCUUGAAAUAAAAUAAGUAUAAAAUCUGUAAUAGUUGAGCACUCAUAGAUUCAUUUGAUAAAUACCUUUUAUUUUGGCAGAAAUUGUCAUGAAAAUGACAGAGGUAAACAACGCUGUUGAGCCAAGUGUAGCUGAAGGGGAUGUACGACUUCUAAUAAAAAGAAAGGAUGAAAUUGAAGAGCAAAUCAAAGCAUACUACGACAUGCUCCAAACUGAAGGUGUAGGCAUCGACGGUCCUCUGGUUGAUGUCGAAGGCUUUCCUCGUGCAGAUGUGGAUUUGUACAAGGUCCGAUCAGCAAGGCACAGUAUCUCUUGUUUACAGAAUGAUCACAAAGCUGUCAUGGUGGAGAUAGAGGAGGCCCUUCAUAAGCUGCAUGCUACAGCACGGGUCGGAGAAGGGAAGGAUGAGACAAAGAUGGAAGCCACUGGACAGACUGUGUCUCUGUCAUCACCGUUUGCCCUGGUAGACGCUGUGACACAUGGUUCCCCUGCUUUUCAGGCUGGUUUGCGAGUUGGUGAUGAGAUUAUGGAGUUUGGGUCCGUAAAGACACAAAACUUCAGGAAUCUGCGUGACAUCGCUUCCGUUGUCCAACAUAGUGAAGGGAAAUCCCUACGUGUUGGAGUAUUUCGAAAUGGACAAGAAGUACAUCUUAGUUUGACUCCGCAGCAUUGGUCUGGUAGAGGACUGCUUGGGUGCAACUUAGUACCUCUUCAUAGAUGACCAGUGAAAGCGCAAGGAUCAUCUUUAUGCCAAACAACAUUGCUGAACAAGAUACAUUUUCUUGCUUGUUUUGCAUUUGCAAAUUGUAAAAUUGAGUUAAGUAAAUAAAUACCCAGAAGAGAUGACAGACCA